CCAGAGGAGUGAGGUCCUGGCCGUGCUCUGGGUGACUUGCUUCUGGACUUCUAGCUGGGGAAGGGAAGUACAGCAGGGAGCAAAAGAAGAGAUUUGAAAAGUUUAUACUGUGAGCUCUGCUUUGUGAUCACAGUUCAGCACCUGCACUGAUUUCCAACAAGGGAUUCCUCCCUCCCUCCCUCUCUCUCGCUCUCUCUCUCUCUCUAGAAGCAGCCCAGGCUGUCUUUCAUCCCAUCCAGAGCCUGGCUGAAACUCUCAUCAGAACCUCGGAAAGUUCUGCUCAGUUACAAAGUAAUAGAUACAAGUGUCAGAAGCUCUAAUUCAGAGCUUUAUGCUUUUUUUUUUUUUAACCAAAGAUCACUGGAAUUAAAUUUACAGAGGAAUCAUCAGCCCCAGCCCUGCCAGUUAUCCACCCCCUGAUUUGUUCCAGGAAUAUCCCUUUUCUGUCAUUAACAUUGCGGCUCAGAGAGUCCCCUCAUCACCUGGCUUUGGGACAAUGGAUCCCAGAAUGUUUGUCAGCAUGUUGCUUGUCCUGCAUGGAUUCCAGCACUGUACAGGUCAUCGAAGAGAUAACAGAGUUUCUAAGCCUCAGCUGAACCUAACAAAAGACCAUUUUCAGAUCCGUGCCGGGGACACCUACACUUUAACUUGCAAAGGAGUUGCUCCACUAAGCUGGCUUUGGCAGCAGAAGCCAUUUUCAUUGAACAGCAGAUUUCACGUAUGGGAACAGCAAUGUAGAGGACCUGAUGAAGGGCAUCUCACUUGCAGUCAUCUUACAAUCACAGAUGCAAAGGCCAAUGACACCGGCAGCAUAACAUGUACCAAUAUUAUACUCAACACCAAUGCGAAGAAUCAGGUCAAGAUCUACAUGUAUGUUAAAGAUGACAAUCAGCCUUUUCUAGAGAUGAACGCAUUUUUACCAGGUCAUGCACCUAAAAUUGAAGAAAACAUAUUACUUAUCCCCUGCCGCGUAAGCUCUCCUGACUACAAAGUCAUCUUGCAGACGCAUAAUUCAUCCAAUAUAGUAGAACCAAGAAUGGAGUGGAACCCCAAAAGAGGCUUCAUUAUAACAGACUCAGUAAUGGCUAGGUCAACAAUGGUAAAAUGUGUUACAGAGGUGGAUGGGAAAAAUAUCGACUCUUAUUACAUGCCACAGCAAUGGGGUGAUAACACAGAGGUUGAUGAGAUAACCGCAAGUGCCAUUGAAGUGUUAGUGGGGGACCCAUUCACCCUUGAAUGCCAUGGACAUUGCCAACAUAAUUCUAGGGUGUCUUUGCAAUGGCUACACAAUGGAAAGGUUUUGAAAGUAUCACGAAAACAGCUUACGUCAAUCCCCAUUACUCUAUACAGUGGUAUCCAAAGGUUGCAUAUUAAAAAGGCGACAAUGGAUCAUCGGGGCACUUACACCUGCCGGGGUUCUUACAAGCACAGAACCAAGAGUAUUGACAUCACUGUUUAUGAAAAGCCAUUCAUAAAUAUAACUGCCCCCAAAAAGCUCAUAUAUGAAGUAACUGAAGGCAUCCACAAGUCUAUACUACUGUCUGCUGUUGUGCACGCUUUUCCUUUACCUACACCAGUGUGGUAUAAAAAUGGAUUGCCAAUAGGAGAUAACCACACGUAUUAUAAACCUGACCCAAAAGAUUUCAGUCUGAAAAUAGUCAAUCCAAAAGAAAAGGAUUCUGGGAUUUACACUUUACACCUGAACAACUCUCGUCAUCAAAUUACAAACAAAUUAAACUUCACAGUAGUUGUUAAUGUUAAACCAAGCAUCUAUGAGAAGGAAACUGACUUUGACCUGGUGGAACCAGUGGUUCAUGGAGAAAAGAAGAGUUUCCAUUGCACUGCCUAUGGAUAUCCCCUUCCCAAAAUUCAUUGGGAGUGGCAGCCAUGCCUGAACACAAACACAAUGUGUGAAUUGAAUGACAACAUGCAAAGAAUAUUGUUAACCCGAGGCAAUGACACAGAUAUGACCAGUGAAAACAGCAAUCCGAUCAUUAACGAAGACCACAUUAACCACGAAGGAAAAAACAAGGUUGUGAGCACACUGACCACUUCAAUGCACAGCAAUCAGUCCGGGAUCUUCUUUUGUAUAGCAUCCAACAAGGUGGGCAAUGAGACAAGAGCCGUGCACUUCAUCCUAUCAGAAAUCAAAUCAGGAGUGAUGACUGAGGAGCAGACAACUGUUGUGGAGGGUGGUAAUGUGACUCUUAUCUGCAAGGCCGAAAAAUACAUAUACUCACACAUGUCUUGGUUGCUCCCGUUUGAAGAACCGAUGUUCCCAUGUGGCACAGAGACCCAAUUUAAGAGGCACACUAUCUAUCAUUUGCUGACUCUGGUGAAUGUGACACUGGAACACGCUGGCUUGUAUAACUGCUCUGCGAGAAAUUACUACAGCAAAGUGGAUGAGAUGAGAUUCAAUCAACUGGUGGUUCUAAAAAAGAAGGCUCCACAGGUGAUUCAAGAUCUUGAAGACAUUGUAGUAAAUGCCAGCAGUACAUUGUUUCUUCAAUGUCGAGUGAAUGGAACUCCCGUUCCCAAUAUCACGUGGAUGAAAAAUGGCUAUAUCAUUAAACCUGCUUCAGGAAUUACUCUUCUUUACAACAACAGUCUUAUUAUUGAGAGAGUAAAGAAAGAUGACGAGGGUUUGUAUGAGUGUCAAGCAACCAAUGAGAUGGGAGAAAUAAUAACAUCUGCCCAAGUCUCUAUUCAAGGUGCAGAGGAGAAGUCCAACAUCGAAGUGAUCAUUCUUGUAUGCACAGGGGUUGCAGCCACAUUGUUCUGGCUUCUCCUUACAUUAUUUAUACGUAAAAUGAAAAAGCCACAUGCAUCUGAAAUCAAGACGGGUUACCUGUCGAUAAUCAUGGACCCGGAUGAGAUACCACUCGACGAGCAGUGUGAAAGGUUGCCUUAUGACAGCACCAAAUGGGAAUUUCCUCGGGACAGGCUUAGUUUGGGUAAAACGCUGGGUCACGGUGCUUUCGGGAAGGUGGUGGAAGCCUCUGCUUUUGGCAUUGAUAAGUGUUCAACCUGCAAAACAGUUGCUGUUAAGAUGCUUAAAGAGUGUGCAACAAACAACGAGUGCAAGGCUUUAAUGUCUGAACUGAAGAUCCUUAUCCACAUUGGUCACCACUUGAAUGUUGUUAAUUUGCUGGGAGCUUGCACCAAGCCUGGAGGACCACUGAUGGUGAUUGUUGAGUAUUGCAAGUAUGGAAAUUUGUCCAAUUACUUAAGAAGCAAACGAGGGGAUUUUACACCACAUAAGUCCCAAGACUCAGAAAAAGCACUACAUGGUUCAGAAAGCGACCUGUCUGAGCUAAUCAAGAGGCGUCUAGAAAGUGUGGCCAGCACUGGAAGCUCUGCCAGCUCUGGAUUUAUAGAAGACAAAAGUUACAGCGACUCGGAAGAAGAUGAAGAAGAUCCUGAAGAUGUGAGCAAAAGGCAGCUGACAAUGGAAGACCUGAUUUGUUACAGUUUCCAGGUGGCGAGAGGCAUGGAGUUCCUGGCGUCAAGAAAAUGUAUUCACCGUGAUUUGGCUGCCAGGAAUAUCCUUCUGUCUGAAAAUAACGUGGUAAAGAUCUGUGACUUUGGUCUGGCCCGCGAUAUAUAUAAAGAUCCGGACUAUGUGCGCAAAGGAGAUGCGCGCUUACCACUAAAAUGGAUGGCACCUGAAGCUAUUUUUGAUAAAAUCUACACAACACAGAGUGAUGUGUGGUCUUUCGGUGUUCUACUGUGGGAGAUAUUUUCAUUAGGUGCUUCUCCUUACCCGGGUGUGCAGAUUGAUGAAGAUUUUUGCUGUCGACUGAAAGAAGGGACAAGGAUGAGAGCCCCUGAAUAUUGCACUCCAGAAAUUUACCAGACCAUGCUGGACUGCUGGCAGAGCCAACCAACAGACCGACCUACAUUCACAGAUCUGGUGGAGCGCUUAGGAGAUCUCCUACAGGCUAAUGUGCAGCAGGAAGGAAAAGACUAUAUUCCACUGAACACCGCUUUGUGCCUUGAUGGAGACACCAAUGUGAAAACCGGAAAUGAAGAACAAAACAUUCGUAAUUCUGUGACACGAUGGAGCAUAUUAGAAGCUGGAAACAACAACAAGAAUAGGCCACUUAGCGUGAAGACAUUUGAUGAAGUGCCAGUAGAAAAGGACAAAGCUCUCAAUGAGGAGAGCGAAUCAGACAGCGGGAUGGUCUUGUCCUCUUUUGAGAUGAAAAGCAUGAAAAGACAGGAGACUUGGUCAUGGCCAUUUGGAAUGAUUGCAAAUGUUGCCCAUGCGAUGAAAGCUGCAAGCCGGAGUAAGGAGUCGGUGCUAACAGAGAAUGAGAGAAAUCAUGUAAAGUAUCAGCCAGCUACUCAAAUUGAAGAAGAUCCUCUUGACUUCACACUUGAUGAAAUAGUCCUCUCUCACAGCGGUCUGAACUUGGAAUGCCACAGCCCACCACCACAUUACAACGCCGUCAUCAAUUAUUCAACUCCUCCAGUGUAGCCAGACCACCUCUGUCCUAUCCCGUCACUGCUGCUUCAAUUAACAACGCCUGUCUUCUAGUACAGCCAUAUUUAAUAUUUGUGACUGAUUAACGAGACUGUGAACAAAAUGGAUGUCCAUCAGUCUUGGCCUGAUUUUAAGAAGGAAAGACUGUUGCUUAAAGUGCCUUAAAUGCUUCAUUCCAGGAGACUGUUCCAGUGCCAGACUGUUGUUGUGCUUUAAAUAAAUUAUCGCAUAUCAAAGAGAAAUUUUAAAGCUUGCGUUAACAUCCAUGUAUGUCUUAAUUGUUGUUUUUCAUAAGUAUUUUGUAGACCAGUUUGAUUUUACAGGUGUUUUCAUGAUGAUGUUUUUUUGUUUGUUUUUGGUUAGAGUGCACUGCAGACUUUAUGGUAAUCCGUGGCAGAAUGUAGAAUGUAACAAAAGCAGCAUGAUAUUAGGGAUGGAUUGAGAAGUCAAAUAUCAGAAGCUGUAUUAAAAAAUAAUGCUAAUUAACUAUAGCAAUCAUUGCAAUUAAGAUAAAAUAUGUGUUAUUGGAACAUUACAUUCUUUAUCUGCGUAAAAUGAGACCCCAUGGAGAAAUCGAGACAUUUUUUAUCCUGCUCUAUAACACUUAGAAGUUCUACCUUGGACGUGUCAGUGUAUUUCAGUAUGAAAACAAAGACCUGGGAAGAGCUGUUACAAACUGAAUUAGAUAGAAAUUAUAAUAAAAAUGUAAUUAUUAAGGAAUUAGGCCAGAAUAGUUGAACUGGAAGCAUAGCUAACUUAGAGAAUGUAUCCAGUUUGGCUGUUUUGACUUUAAAUUUUUUUCGGUGAAUAGCUCUGAUUACGUAGAGUUCAGUGCUAGUGAUAAUUCAGUAACGGAAGGGUAUAUUAAAACCCAUGUGUUCAAGCAAAGUCUAUUUAGUUGCAAGUUCCAUGUGUGUCUGUGACGUCAGGAAUGUAAUAGCCGUUUGUGAUAUUCAGCUGUUGUUUAAAAUAAUGGAAACUUGAUGGUAACACAAGGUCAGCAGUUAGAGUUUUUGUAAGAGAGUACUUUGGCAGUUUCUGAAUUGAAUGGAAGCUCUCUAGACUAAACGUUAACAUUGCCUACUGUCACUUUAACAAAGAUUAUGAUGUAGACAGCUGUAUAUAAGUCUUAAAUGCGCCCUUCUUUUAAUAUUUGCUGCUGAUUUGCCUUUCAUACCAUCUUAUCAUGUUAACCGAUGUAUGCUCAUACUUUGACUAAGUAUUUUGCUGUUCAUAGAUAAUUUUUAGGUGUGUAGUCAUCCAGGUAUACCCCUUUAAUAAAAGAAAACAGACCUUAACUUUUACUGCUACUCUCCCAUUGCAUACCCAGAUUGUCUUGAUAUAUUGUAUUCCCGAGGG